AUGAAUCACUCGUCAGUCACACAUUUGGUCGAAUUCUGCGGUAACACAAUAGAAACAACAGUAACACAUAAAGCUUCAGUGGCUGAUGAUUGGGUGCGAAACAUCAGGUCCAAGUCCAAUGGUCCAAAGAUCAUAUUCGGAUUCGACUGCAAAUAUAAUCCUCAUCCAAUCGAGUCAAUGAGCAACAAAGUCGCACUCAUACAACUAUGUGUUGAGACAAAGUGUCUUAUACUCCAACUAUCAUACAUGUACAAUAUUCCCCAGUCCAUUUGGAAUUUGUUGUCCGACUCUAAUAAUACUUUCGUUGGAGUUCAAAUUGAAGAAACUGCGAAGAAACUAAGGAAUGAAUAUGGGAUAAGUUUUUGUCGAUCCCUUGAUUUACGUUCAUUGGUGAAGACAUGGUUUCCCAUAAGCUAUAAAGGAAGGCCUAGUUUAAAGGCUUUGGCAUAUGGAGUUGCAGGGUUGGGAAUGAGAAGAAACAGCAAGAAAAUUUGGAGUUCUGACUGGGAAUUUAGGGUUCUUGACGAGGAUAUGGUUCAGUGUGCUUGUGUUGAUGCUUAUGCAUCUUACAGAAUUGCUCACAUGUUGUUGAAAGAGAUGUAG